UGUUUGUGUUGUUUUGACAAAGAGCAUCACAUCAUCUUUUGCCACUUUCCGCACUUUUUCCUAUCUUCAAGCCAAAGCCCGCGCCAAACCGAAGUACCAUGAAAUCCGCCAUCUUUUUCGCCCUCUGUGUGGUGGUCUGCAGUGCCCGCACCCUGGACAAACGGGCUAGCGAUCAGAACCCCAAAGUUUUCUCCGCCUUGGACAAACUCAGGGGAGGCGCCAACAAGGCUUUGAGCGUAGAUCAGAUCCAGGAAUUGUGGUUGAAUGUCAAGCCCGGCCAAGAUUUCCCUCUCAUUGCCACCAUUCCCAAAGCCAACGUAGACUGUGCCUCAGUCAAGCCAGGUUUCUAUGCUAACGAUGGCGAAGGCAAAUGCCAGGCUUUCGAUCGUUGCGACGUCAACGGAAACUUGACCAGCUACCUGUGCCCCAACAUGACGCUGUUCAACCAGAUCACCUUGAUCUGCGAUUGGUGGUUCAACAUUGACUGCUCGCAAGCCCGCUCUUUCUACGACUACACCAACUCCCGCCUGUAUGUCGAGGGAGCCGUGCUGUUGGAUGAUGAACCCGAUUACGUCAUGGCCUCCACCGGUGCCGUCGCUGCUGCGUCUGGCGAUGCUGCUCCCAAGGCUGCCAAGAAGAGCGGCGGCAAAAAGGGCAGCAAGAAGAACAAGGCUGAAUAGAUGACCUUCAUCGCUAAGCAGAAUUAACUGGAUUACUGGAGUUUAAAUUUUGUGAUACUAAAAUUGACAGUACAUGUACAAAGGAAGUUUUCGUUUUGCUAAUUCAGUGCGCAUGGUUGCAGGCGGCCAUGCCGCUCCUAACCGCUUUGCAUAAUACUAAUUGUUAACGAGUAAUAUUGAUCUUGGAAUUAGGGCAAAUCAUAGCAAUGACACAGAACUAAUAAAAAUAAACUGUGUUAAUGAA